AUGGCCACUUCUCGGAAAGGACGGUCACGGCCAACCUCCAAAAGUAGUGGUGCAGGAGGGUUUGGAGAAACCCAACCAACUCCGCCAACACCUGCUGAUGUCACAGCAACAACUGAGAAUGAGACAAAGGACGAUAAGAAAAUCUACUCGCUGCCGGCACUCUACGAUAUGGCCUUUGGGUACCGAAACUUUGACGAAGAAAUUGAAUUUCUGGUCGAACAACAUCAACUGCUUCACGAAGGAAAAGGGCCCGAACGUGUUUUGGAGUUGGCAGCUGGACCUGCGAGGCAUUGCAUUUACGCACUGCAAUCGUCAAUGGUGAAAUCUGCCACCGCCUUGGACAAUUCAAUGGAUAUGUUGGAAUACGGUACUGAUAUUGCUGCCCACGAAUUGGACAUUGAUACCUUUGAGACAUCCUUUUCCUAUCUCCAAAAGGACAUGUCAAAUUUUGAAGUCGACUGCGAACCCUUUGAUAGUGCUUGGAUUAUGCUGGGAUCGUUGCAACACAUGACUACCAACGACAAAGUCAUCUCUUGUUUCGAAUCAAUCAACAAGUCUAUGGUAAAAGGAGGAACUCUCAUUAUUGAACUCCCGCAUCCCAGAGAGACUUUCUCUCUUGUCGAAUGUACCCGAAACAGCUGGCAAGUACCUUUGGAAGACGAAAAUGGCGAGCAAAGUGGAGAACUAGAGAUCAUUUGGGGAGAUGACGAUGACGAAUUUGACCCCAUCAAACAAAUUCGUCAUUUCACAGUGGCCAUGGGGCUCAAGGGAACACCAGAGAACGAAGACGAAUCAUCAUUAGUCCAGAAUGUGAAAGAAGUCGUACCGAUGCGUCACUUUACAGCUCAAGAAAUCGAUGCCUUUGCCAGGAUAACUGGAUUUGAAGUCACGUCUAUGCACGGAGCUGUGGCCAGAGGUGUGGACGUCAAUAAUGAAAUUGAAGCCUUUCGGCUUGUUUCAGUCCUCCAAAAGCUGUAA